AUGGAAUUAACACUUUCCACUCCUAACGGCGAUCAAAACCCAAGUAUCGAGACCUAUAAACUUGCCUUGCGACAUCUCGAGAAUGCCAUUUCGGAACGAUAUCUCGGAAGUUACUCUUUAAACUCCGCUGGCGGUGCUGGUGGUGCGCUCUGUAAUCAUUGUGUAACAGUAGACGAGCGACUAAAAGACGUAUGUUAUAAUGAUGAUGCAGCUCAAGGAUUCGACUUCGGUGCGAGCGCCCGAGAUGCUUCUGACAAUCUGCAUCUGGGCACUUUGAAUGAAAUAUUUGCUCAGAAAAAUUGUUCGUUUUGUGCUUUACUUACGAGACAAUUUUUACGGACGAAACGAAGGGAGAUUUAUGUGAAUGCAAAAUUGAAGGGGAAAGAUCUUCAUGGAUUGACUCUGACUAGGCUCCUCGAAUUGGCUUAUGCAGAGGAGCUUACUGGAAGUGGGGAUGGGGUAGAGUGGAUCGUUGAUCCGUUCUCGGAGUACCUUCAGCUUUCUCUCAGUACCAUCAUAAGUGAUGGAAUUUUAUCGAUUUGGUGGCCCGAAAAUACAGUGGAUGAUAUCAAUGAUGAACCUACUCAACUUCCAAUGCUCGCCACUGAUCACGAAAUUAUAUUCACCGGUGUGAAAAAGCCCUGGAUUCCUUUGCCCAGUGGUGGAAUAAGUACUGAAAGAGAUCUGGGUAUGUUCUCAGACUGUUUUAAUUCUUGUUUACAAAAUCAUGAGAAAUGCCGAGGAACGCAAAUGACCGGGGCUCUCAGCCUAGGUUUUGGACCAAGUAGAUUGAUCGAUAUUGCGGAUAUGAAGAUUGUGAAAAUGGGGAUUGAUGAAGUUCCAAAGUACUUCAUUUUGAGUUAUGUAUGGGGGCGCCCACCAUUUCUUCUUCUCAAGAAGGAAAAUGAGAAUGAGUUCUCCACACCAGGCUCUCUUACAGUCCAAAGUAUACCGCAGACGAUUCUAGAUGCAAUUGAAAUUACUGGACGCUUUGGAAUACGGUACUUGUGGGUCGACGCCCUCUGUAUAGUGCAAGAUGAUCUAGAAAGCAAAAUGCAUGAGAUUGAUCGAAUGCAUAUUAUCUACGCACAAGCGGAGAUGACGAUCGUAGCAGCUACAGGCGAUGGUGCAAAUUCUGGACUACUGGAUAUCGAUCCAGUUUUCACAGACGCAGAAACUCACUUGGUUGACAACAUCAGAUUCACAGUCAACUCAAUGGAACUUCGUGAAGUGAUAGAGUUUUCAACAUGGUUCACUCGCGGGUGGACAUUUCAGGAAUUAGUGUUUUCAAAACGAAUUCUUUGUUUCACGACGGAAAGAACUUAUUAUUCAUGCGAGGAAGGGAGUUGGAGUGAGGAUUUUCCUUUGUUGACUCUAGAUAGCAACGAAAAUGGGGAUACGGGUGAGAUUGAAGAUAUAUUUUAUGAUGAAAGUCUUAAAACGGGCUUCGAUUUUCGGAAUAUAUUGGAUCCGUUCGAAAACUACAUGGCAAUGGUAUCGAAAAUGUCUACGAGACAAUUUACACAAGAAAGCGAUUGUUUGAAUGCUUGUCGGGGAUUUUAUACAGGUCUUCUUUUGAAAGGUCUAGGGGGCUCGGUAUGUGGAAUACCGGCUAUUUGUUUUGAGUUUGCCCUAGCUUGGCAACCGGAGGGAAAUCUUUCGCGUAGAGGAUCUCAAGAAUUGAGCUCUGGGAAUUUUGAAUUUCCGACUUGGUCGUGGGCGGGUUGGAAGGGACAAAUUGAGUAUCCAUUUCUUGCAAGUCCGGACAAGUGUGGGGUAAACAUGGAGGUGAGGUGGGCUAUUUAUGAAGCUUAUAAGCCAAACUCCAGCGCAGAUGGCAAAGUAACAAUAAGACAAGGGAAGAGAUAUAAACAGGUCGUUCCCACAAUCAAAGUGCACACCUCCCCAUCACAAUCACAUCAAAGUAUGAGUUCAUGGUAUACAUAUUCUUACUCGUCUACAUCAGGAUCAAGAUCUUCGAAUCCAAAAUUUGGGGUUUUACUUGACGUAGAGGAAGACCCGCACGCGAGCACCCGGAAGAUCAUGUCAAGUAACUUUAUUGGUCCGAGUAUCUUAUUGUUUCAAACAUAUUCUAUUACUUGUCAUAUUGACAUGAAUGAAAUCUCACGACCGCCGCUAGCGAGACACAAAGACUUGAGAUUCUUCACCAUUGCCUCUCUUGGAAAGGAUGAAAUGAUCGGAGAACUGAAAAUCGAUUCCGGCAGUUUGAAUAACUUUCUCGAGUCUCAUGUUUCGUCAGGUCCUACGAAUACCGCUCUACAAAUUGAACUUAUCUCCCUCUUUGAAAUCGAUUUUGGAAUCUCGUCGAUGCAGAAUUUGAUGUGGAUGAAUGAGCAUAGUUCGAGAGGUACGUUUUCGAAAGACUUUAUGGAGAUGGUGGAGAAGAGGGAGGGUAGGAAGAUGAAGUGUGUUAUGUGGAUUGUGUGGGAUGAAGAGGAGGAGGUAGCGAUGAGGGUUGCGGUGGGGUGGGUGAGUGUUGAGGGGUGGGAGGGGCAGAUACCGAGGUGGAAGGAGGUUGUGCUUGUAUGA